AUGUCAGAUAAAGAAUCCGAAUUCGAAAGAAGACCCAAUCCCAAAGGUUGGGUUCCGCCAAAAGCUCCCUACAACCCAUAUGACCCCACAGACGUAAGACCUCCCGAAGGAUAUCCAUCCGAAUUCAAGAUUCCAGGAAAUCAACCUGAAGGGUUCUCGUCCAUACCAAAGAACCCAACCCAAUACAAAAAGGUCAACGAGACGAUGAAAAGAUUGAAUUACACCCCUCGUCCAGCCUCGGAAUUGUACCCUGGACAAUAUAAAGUGUUGAGAAGAGUCGACACCAAUCAACGAUUGAACACUGGAUCAAGAUGGUUUGGCUCGUUUUUGGGAGGAUCGAUUGUGGUAUAUUUUGCAUUCUUCCACCGUUGGAAUGACGGCAGAGAGAACGUGAUGUCGGAUUUCUACAGAUUCAGAUUGAGAAUAAAGGAAAGACUAGUGGGCUUGACUGACCAAGAUUACGACGACUUAUACCACCCCAAGGGUUCUAACGUGGUGAUAAAAAAUGUCAGGGAUACUGAUUAUAUUCCCGAAGAUAUCAGAAAGACCACCGAAAAUGAGUUUGCUUUAAACAGACCUUCGGAGAGACACGUUUUGGAGGCCCAGAGAUUGCAACAAGAGCAAGAGGAGAACUUGUUGAGAGAAUAUGAUAUGCACAAGCAGUUCGCCGCAGAGCUCAUCAGAGACGGAGAUUAUGUCCCUCAGGUUGACAAGAAAAAGAAGUGGUUUGGAAUUUGGUAA